CAUACAGUAAAAACUCUGAGUCAGCCGGAUGGCCACUGACGGAGAUACAACUAUUCUGACCUUCACCUGAGAGCGUCUCGUCUAUCAAACAAUGAGCCACAAUGUAUAAAUGAUACCUCCACACCCGGUGAGACUGUUGAGUUCGACCUUACGACCGAAGGUGACCGGGAAGGCAAAAUCGGAGGUACUCGCAAUCACCAUGACGCGUCGACUGGCCUCGCAGAUGGAUACCAGUGGUGGAAAUCAAAAUCUCAGCUCAAGGCAAAUCGACCUGCUCAAAGGCUGGCCCAAUCCAGGGCUGCUUCCUCCUCAGCAGCUUGACAAGGCUUCCGACCAUAUCCUAUCUAAUCCUAAUAACAAGGAUGUCCUAUUCUAUGGACCGGAUGAAGGCUAUAAGCCGCUAAGACAAGCAAUUGCGAAAUGGUUGACGGACUUUUACAGACCUAGCAAGCCAGUCCCGACUGAGAGGAUAUGCAUCAGCGGAGGUGCUAGUCAAAAUCUAGCAUGUAUUUUGCAGACGUUCACCGAUCCAGUCUACACACGCAAUAUUUGGAUGGUAGCUCCAACAUAUUUCCUGGCCUGCAGGAUAUUCAAUGACUCUGGAUUUGAUGGCCGUUUGAGGGCUAUACCAGAAGAUGAAGAGGGAAUUGAUCUUGAGUACCUUGAAAGAGGCCUGCGAGAGAGUGAGGCACGCGCACGAGCCGAGAACAACACGAGUCCCCGACUAAAAGCCCCCAAGCCGUGGAGGAAGAUUUACAAGCAUGUCAUCUAUGCUGUACCCACGUUUUCGAAUCCAUCGGGUCGCAUCAUGAGUCUUCACCAUCGGCACAGCUUGGUAAGACUUGCUCGAAGAUACGAUGCCCUGAUAGUGACGGAUGAUGUCUACGACAUGCUCCAAUGGCCUUCUGAUCCCAAGGCAAGCCCACGGAAAAUGGACAGAGCCGUUCUACCACGAAUAGUGGAUAUUGAUCGAGAACUUGACGGAGGUCCCGUGGAUGCGUAUGGACAUGCAGUGAGCAAUGGCAGCUUCUCCAAGAUCGUUGCACCAGGUUGUCGAACAGGAUGGGCCGAAGGUACCGAAGCGUUGGCUUAUGGUAUUUCGCAGACUGGGUCAAGUCGAUCCGGAGGCGCACCCUCGCAUCUUGUCGCGUCCUUCAUCUACCGACUUCUCUCAGCAGGCACAUUGCAGAAUCACAUCAUGCAGGAAUUGCAGCCAGCAUAUGCGCGGCGUUAUUACACCAUGAUUGAUGCCAUCGGAAAAUACUUACUCCCACUGGGCUUGACGAUGCCUCAGCCAAACAAAGAUAUUGCUGGUGGAUACUUCAUCUGGUUGACUCUGCCUCGAUGCCUGAAUUCGAUGCGGAUUCACAAAGAUGCACUGGCAACCGAAAAUUUGAUCAUCGGUUCUGGGCCAAUAUUCAAAGUGGAGGGUGAUGAAUCAAAUGAAGAAACCAAGUUUGCAAAAGAGCUCCGCCUAUGUUAUGCCUGGGAGGACGUUGAUGUGCUGGAAGAGGCAGUGAUCCGGCUGGCACGGGUCAUUCGACAGGAAAUGACCAAACAAGUCAAAUGAGCGACGAGAUACUGCAACGUGAUGUUGAUGAAUGACCUUCCUUUCCAUGGAUGUGUCCCUCGAGUCCUGCCAGCUGGCCCCUGUACCCUCGUCUGAAUGUGCCAGUCCAGAUCUUGUUUGUGCCAACAAGUGGUAGCCUUGCCACAACGAAUCGCUGGAUGACCAGCCACGCUUAGCCACCAAAUCUGUAAAUUGGUCUCCAGCUUCUCUGCGCUGUCAAACGCGACGAGUUUCGGAAUGUUUCAUGGUGUGCCACGCGAUCCAAUCGGAUGUAUGACGGGCGCCAAUGUUUGCCAACUUGGUCAAGAUUUGAACCUCGUCCGCUCUUUGAAUUUCUGUGGCCUUUCCAUUCUUCGCCAUACUCCGAUGUGCAAGAAUUGACGAGUGGACUAGAAGGAAAGUCGCGGAUUAAGGAGCCUUUCUGGUUGUCAUGCCGGCCAAAUCAGGAGGUCUAGCAAGCUCUGAACUGCUGUCUCGCCACGCGGCUCCUCGCCAACGGAGCGGCGCGAAGGACAAGCAAUGGAUACCCAAGGGAUCAGCACCGAAAGUGAAUGAUCAGAGACAACUACUGACCUUCUUUGUUCUUCUUCCAAGGACACCAGAGUCCACGAGCAAUGAUGAAGGUGGAAACGCAGCUUGAAAUUGACAGAGGGAGCGAAGAUGCAGUGUAAGUGUGCCCAUUGAACCACCUCUUUCUGGCGGGAGAUUUGCUCUCUGCACACCUACG